AUGGCGCUGAAUUCUGUUAGCCUUCCUGGCUGUCGAAAAUCUCUAUGGAAUUGUCGAGUAAAUUUGUGGAGGUUUAAACCUUCUUGGCUGUCAAAAACUAUUGAGGAGGUGUUGUUGCCAGAGGAGCUUUGUGUGGUGGUUGCAGCACUGUUAGGAUUUUCUGGGCUUGCUAUGUUGUGGUGCUGUCAAAAUUUUGGUGGGGGUUGUGAAUUGCUGAUAGCUUCUCAAUUGCUGAUAGCUUUCCGUGCAUCAUGUCAAUAA